AUGUCAUCCCGACCAGCCCCUGAAAAGAUUGCCUAUCAAGGUCCUCCACUGCCAAACGUUGCAGACGACCUCGUUGUGCAUAACGUGGUGCAGCUCGACUUCGAAGAAAAGCUUUGGGUUCCCCAAACCAAAGAUGUAUGGUUUCGUCCCUUGCUUUUUAAUGUCAGCCAGGGCUACUUCAUCAAUCUCUUACGAGUUCGAAAGAGCGGUAUCUUGUCGCGCCAUAGGCAUGCCGGCCCCGUUCACGCAACCGUAUUGAAGGGUCGAUGGCACUACCUGGAGCAUGAAUGGUGGGCUGAGGAGGGUAGUUAUGCUUUCGAGCCUCCUGGAGACAUCCAUACUUUGGAAGUACCCGAAGGGGUCGAAGAGAUGAUUACUCUCUUUCAUGUAACUGGAGCAUAUAUCUAUGUUGACCAGCAUGGCAACCCGGAGGCAGUCGAAGAUGUUUUCAGCAAGUUGGAGCUUGCUAAAGAACAUUAUAAGAACGUCGGGCUUGGUGAGGAUUUUGUCCAGCAGUUUAUACGCUAA